AUGGCUGCCGGGGCCCGUGAGGCGUGCAAAGCGAUACCGCUGCUCUUGGAACAAGUCCAUUUGUCAGACCAGGAGGAGCUCCUGCGCCAGUCUUCGGUCACGCUUUCGUCUCUCUCCUGCGAGUGCUUGCUGGAGGUGCUGAGAGGCAACGAUGGCCAGCACGUAAAGGACGUCAUCGUGCCAGCAGAUGGCUGGGUGGAGGUUGAGGCAGAUUCCCUGACGGUGCUGCUCCAAGGGUCUUUCAUCGAGGAGCCGGAGACACAAGUGCUGCAAGCUCCGUUGGCUCUCGGCGAGGCGGAGUUCCUGAACAUUGCGGAACUGCCCGUACGUGAAAAGCGGCGUGUCCGAGCCGUGGAUGGCGACUGCACGGUGAAGGCGAUUCACCGCGACGACUUCCAGUCUUCUCUGCAAAAGUUCCCGGACGAGGCCAAGGUCUUUGACCGCUUCCUCCGAGAGGCCUCGCGCUUUGCGGUGCCUGGGGCGCCCUUCGCAAGGGUCCAGGAAGCCGCCGGGAGGAGGAUACUGGCCUUCCUUGAAGCCGGACGAGAGUUCCAGGGCUGUCGGAGAGACUUCCUGGCCACGUUGUGCACCGAAGCCGAGGGGGUCUUGCUGGCCCCCGGCGAGACCCUGCAAGCCGGCGACCUGCCCAAAGGGCACUGCUCGCUUUUCAUUGUGCUGGCGGGACGAAUCCAAGUCGCGACACCCGAAGGCAUCGUCUUCCGCUUUGCAGGCCCCGGGGAAGUUCUGGGCUCGGCGUCCGCCUUGGACCUCGUGGAGAGCUCCACCGAAGCCUUCAAAGCCCUUCCCGGCAUGGGCCCCGCCUUCUGCGUCCGCAUCCCCCAUGCCGCCGUCGGCCGAGCUCUGCAAGACUGCCCCAGCAACGCGGAGCUGUGGAUCAAGAAUGCGGAGCUGCUGCACCGCGAGGCUUGCCGCAGCAAGCAGGAGCGUUGCCGAUGGGCAUCGCAGGUCGCCGUCCCGGCCCUGGCGAGCACCUCGCUGCUUGCGGGUUGUCCGCAGGAUUUCCUCAUGUCCCUGGCGGGCCAGCUGUCUGAGGUGGCCCACUCGGAGGGAGAUGAGAUCUUUGCAUGCAAUACCUCCGGGAAAUCCAUGAUGAUAGUCCUGGAGGGCUGCGUCGAGCUUCAUGCCAAGUCCGGCAGGGAGAUUGGCUGCGUUGGCGCCGGGGCUGUGAUUGGCGAGCCAGAGGCCUUGGGAUUGCUGUCUUUCCGGACCGCCACCGCUGUUGCAGUGACUUCCUGCCGACUGCUGCCUGUGAGCUUCGAGGCUCUGACACAAGCGCUGUCAGCCCCGACGGCAGCGACUCUGAAGGAGGGCUUCAAGCAGCUUGUCGAGGGGAGGCGAUCCCAGGUCCGGGAAAGCCUGCCUCUCUCGGCCAUGCUCAACCUGCGCACAUCUUUGGAGGAGGACGUUGGGGCGCAGCUUCUUUGCCUGAGGGCCGAACGCUUGCCGCUUGAGCACGGCAUCUGCUGGCAUCCGGUAGCGGACUCCGACGAAUCCGGGCCAAGAUAUUCCCUCGUCGUGCGCGGGCGCGUGGCCAUGGAGGUCUCGCGUGGCGAGGGCGAGCCAUUGGACUUCCACGUCAAGCAGGGAUCCGUCAUACCGGAAGGUAUACUGGCGGCUCAUGGCGCCUACCUGCGGGCCGUGUCCGGAGACUGCGAGGUCUACCGGGUUUGGCAGUACGACUUGCUCCAAGCGGCCCACGUGGUAGCUCAGGCCCACGAUUGGUUCUACCAGCUGCGGGUGCUGGAGAAGGAGACCCGGGCCUGGUUGGAGACGCGGCUGGUGAGCGCACGCGGGCAGCUGUUGGGCAGGGUGCCACACCCUGCGGACAAGCAGAUCCGGGGCUGGGCCGAGAAGAGGAAGGAGAGCCAGAGGCGCGCCCGCGAGUUGCAGGAGCAGUUGGCCGACAACUACUUAGGGCCGAAGUUGCCACUGCUUCCCCCAAAGAAGCUGGGAACUACGGCCUUCCGAAGUUGGGCUGCUCUUCCGGGCAAGGCCGCGCCGAGAAGGCCGCCAAACAACUUCCCCGGUCCGGAGGCGUUCCGCGCCCUGAAGUUGUCCAAGGCCAAAUCCGAGCCUCGACUUCCUCCAGCCUGGCCUCCGAAGGGCCCUCCCAAAGCGCGGCGCAAGCGAGAAGGUGCCGAUCAUGUGGAGAGCCCUGUGCAGAAGGGCGAGUCCGAUGCGUGA